AUGGCACCCAUCCGCGUUGGCCUCAUUGGGCUUUCAACAUCUCAUUUUCCCGAACCAGGCUGCUGGGCCGCGUUCGUUCAUCUCCCUAGCAUCCUAAACUCGCCGGACUACAAGCUAGUUGCAAUCGCAAACUCGACUGUCCAGUCUGCACGCAAUUCGAUCGCAGCUCAUGGUCUGCCGUCGACGACCAAGGCAUACGGAAGCCCGGAAGAUUUGGCCAAUGAGCCGGAAGUCGACCUCGUCGUUGUUUCUGUGCGGGUCGGGAAGCACUUUGAGCUUACGCAACCCGCUAUUCUCUCCAAAAAGAGUGUAUUUGUCGAGUGGCCGCUUGGCGCUUCCCUGGCUGAGGCCCAACAGCUGACGGAGCUGGCCCAGGCCAAUGGCGUCAAGACCAUGGUGGGCUUACAAACCCGAGGGAGCAGACUCGUGCUGAAACUGAAAGAAGCCAUCUUGAAUGGCAAGAUUGGUAAAGUUAUCAGCUCGUCUGUUCUUGCAUCGUCGAGUGUCGCUCCCACAGCCAUAUGCCCGCAGGGCCUUGAGUAUUACCUUGAUAUGAAAAGUGCUGGCAAUGAAUUUUACAUGUACUUUGGGCACUUUCUGGACUCAUUUGUUGAUAUUCUUGGGGACUUUGUGAAGCUGCAGUCUAUUUUGAAGACAAACUUCUCCACCGUCCCGAUCGUUGGACCCGACGGCAACGCUGUAGACCCGGUACACAUCAAGACUUCUCCUGAUCACAUCUUCAUACAAGGUGUUCUGGAAGGCGGAGCAGUCGCGUCUAUCGCGUUCCGCAAACCCCAAUCUGCCAUCGACAACACCGGUUUCCGUUGGUUGAUUACAGGCACUGAAGGGGAGAUUGUGGUGACUGCACCCGAAGAACACUGGCAAAUGAUCCACAGUGAUAUGAGAAUGAAGAUCAAACUUGGCAAGGCUGAAGAAGUUGAGGAUGUGGAUCUGAGCGGUCAAGGGCUGGACGUGGCAGCCGAGAUUCCCGAACAAGGAGCCAAUAUUGCGCUGAUCUAUGAUGCGUACGCGAAAGGCGACACCAGUCGCUACGCAACUUUUGAGUCUGCAACCAAGACACAUCGGCUGUUGGAAGAAAUUGUCCGAGAGGCAAACUUUUAG